AUGAUACCGCGCUUCCGAGUGGCAUUGUAUGCUCAAAAACGUUACCUUGUGUUUCAAAACUUAAAGAGGGGCCUUGCAAGCACUGGCAGCUUAAAAGAGCAUGAUGAACAAUCUUCUAAGAUACACAAGGAUGAAGCAGCUCACGAGCCCCAAGACGAGUUGUCAGUACUCCGCCAGCGGGAAUACAACAAUCAAGUUAAGGAGCUGCUGAAAUCAUUUUCGAAAACCGCUACAGAAGAUUUUAAGGACUUUCAUGGUUCAGUUACCGGAGAGCUUAGUGCCAAAGAGCAGCAGUUAGAUGAAGAACUGACGAGCUUUCUCAAGCAAUUCUCUCAACUGAAUACAGUGAUUGAGCCUAAGGAAGACAACGGGAAACGAAUUGCAGCGCCUACGUAUUCGCGCAUAAAGACAUUUCCCUUUCUUAUUCCUUCGCCAGAGGACAAGCCAUACACAAAUCAAGAGCUUUUUUUGCGUCAAAUAAAACACGCUGACGGGACAGCCAAACUAGGAGCCGCUAUGGAAAAUGUUUACUAUCCUCACCGUGAUAUCUUCAACCCGCCUGCGAUCGAGGAGCUCUCCAUUUCCAAGUUACUAGCAGCUGGCGUUCAUUUGGGCCAAUCCACAUCUCUUUGGAGACCCAGUACGCAGCCGUACAUUUAUGGAGAGUAUAAAGGUAUUCAUAUAAUCGACCUGAACAAAACACUUUCGAAUCUCAAGAGGGCUGCUAAGGUGGUCCAAGGGGUGGCCGAAAAAGGCGGCACAAUACUAUUUUUGGGAACCAGAGAUGGUCAGAAGCGGGCUCUACAGGAAGCAGCCAAACGAACAAAUGGUUUCUAUGUGUCUACUAGAUGGAUCCCAGGUACACUUACGAAUCCAACUGAAAUAUCUAGUGUGUGGGAAAGGCAUGAAAUUGACUUUGCCGACACUCCUACAAAUAGACCCCUAACUUCUGAUGAAGAGGCUGCUAUUGUGAAGCCUGAUCUUCUGGUCGUUUUGAACCCAACUGAAAACAGGAACGCUUUGAAUGAAGCAAUGCAAGCCAGAGUACCUACAGUGGGCAUCAUUGACACAGACUCAGAACCAUCUCUAGUCACUUACCCUAUUCCCGGCAACGAUGAUUCUUUGCGUUCGGUCAAUAUCAUCCUGAGCGUCUUGGCUAAGGCUGGAGAGGUUGGAUUGCAAUCUCGUCUAGCUAAAGCUGCUUUUUAA